CGACACUUUGAAUAAACUUUAUUGUUACCGGUAUUUGGUAACCUCUCGAAAAUGGGAGCACGGGUUGCGCGUAUGUUCAGAAAUUUUAACCUAGAAAACCGGGUACACCGAGAAAUUUCUAAGGACAAGCCACAAGUAGCACCUCGACACGCAGUCAAAGCUCCGCCCUCCGCCGGCGGCUCUGAAGCAGUGGAGACCAAGGACUUAGUGAACCAGAAGAACGACCCUCUGCUGGCCCUCCUCAAGUCUGUGUAUGUGGAGUCGACAGAUCCCGCACUCGCAGAGGCAUCAAAGGAAGCAAUGGUGGGCAAAGAAGUGGAGCGGCGGCCGUUGAAGGUCAGUUUACCGGGAGACAUUUACGGCCUGACAGAGCUCACAGACGUUCCUAAAGGCAAGCUGACCAUCGCAGAAGCUCUGAAGGCCCUGAGCAGCCAUCAGCUUCAGCCUCAGACGUGGACACCGGAGAAAAUCGCUCAGGAUUAUUCUCUGGAUUUGAAAGACACAAAAGCUCUUGUGGAGUUCUUCAUCCCCUUCCAGGUUAAGAUCAUACCACCCAAGACUAAAACUGCCAAGCAGUUAAAGGCUUCUUAAGACUGGAUUGUUGGUGAAUGGUAGACACAAUAUUACCAAGUUUAUUUAUGUACAUCAAUACAAUACAGUGCAAUGGGAGAGUGACCAAUCUGAAACUUAUAAAGCAGAGUUUCUCAAGCCUGGGGUCUGGACCUUAUGUGGGGUCACGUGAUAUGAAAAUAGGAUCAUGGGAUGUGUCUUAGUUUUGCAUAUUGAUAUUUGUGAAACAAAAAGAGAAAAACAAAAAUAAUAAAGUAAGUAAAUAAGUA